UCCCACUGCUGUCGCUAGUAAGUCAUAAUGGAUUGUGGAGUGUCAUUGCAACUUUCUUGUAUAUAAAUUCAUCUCUCCAUCCGCCAUCCUGACGUCCACCGUCUACAACCCCGUCCCCCUCCGCCAGCUCUCUGCCACCGGCGAAGCUAUGGCCCCAGAUCGGGGCUCUCUCUCCAGCGAACCUCGCUCUCCCUCCUCUCCCGGACGUCAAGAAGAAGAAGAUGUAGAUUCCAUACCGCGUUCCCGGAGCAAUGCCCAGCGCUUCCUCGCCUCCCGCGCCGACGAGCCCCAAAACUUCACCCUCCGCGGCGUCCUCGUCGGCCUAGCCAUCGGCGUCGUAAUAUGCUUCUCGAACAUGUACUUCGGCCUGCAAACCGGCUGGGUGAGCGGGAUGGCCAUGCCCUCCGCCCUCAUCGGCUUCGCCUACUUCAAGGUCGUCGCACGCGCCCUCAACUACCCAUUCACGCCCGUCGAAAACGUGCUCGUGCAAUCGGUCGCUGGGGCUGCGGGGACGAUGCCGCUAGGGUGUGGCUUUGUGGGGGUAAUACCGGCGCUGAAUUAUUUGCUGAAGCCGGAGGAGAACGGGCCGCUGGAUAUUACUUUGUGGAAGCUCAUAGUGUGGGCAGUGGGGAUAUGUUUCUUCGGGGUGGUGUUUGCGGUGCCGCUCCGGAAGGAGGUUAUUAUAAGGGAGAAGCUUAAGUUUCCCAGUGGGACGGCUACAGCGCUCAUGAUACGGGUCUUGCAUGGGGAUGAGAAGUCUGCAGCAGUUGCAACGGCUCGCAGGAGAGAGGAGGCGGAUACGCCUGGUGAAGAGGAGCAAGAGGGGCUCCUAGCUUCUAUGCCUGUGGAAGCAGAAGACAAUUCGUUCGUUUCCAAUCGAAAACAGACGGACGAGGAGGGUGUAGAACUUGGUAGUGACGACGACUGGAAAGCCAAGAUUCGGCUUUUAGUCAUCGCUUUUGCUGUGUCUGCACUUUAUACUUUGAUAUCGUACUUCAUCCCGCAGCUCCACGAUAUUCCAAUCUUUGGGCUUCCUUUAGCGCACAAAUGGCUCUGGACUCUAAACCCAUCCCCGGCGUAUGUGGGCCAGGGAAUCAUAAUGGGUCCAGCUACAACGCUCCAUAUGCUCAUUGGAGCUAUCGUUGGAUGGGGCGUUCUCUCUCCUCUAGCAAAGCACAAGGGAUGGGCCCCAGGAGAAGUAGAAGACUGGGAGACAGGAAGCAAAGGCUGGAUCGUGUGGGUUAGUCUCGCGAUCAUGCUCGCAGACUCCCUCGUCAGCCUAGGCUGGCUCAUCCUCCGGCCUAUAAUCUUCUACGCACGCGUGUGCUUCCAUCAGCUGCGGGAAGCAAAGCGCUCUGAAAGCAGAGACCUCUCAUAUAUUUCAGCCCCAUCUUUAAGGCGUCAUCAAUCCGAUGAUGAACCAGACGCCCCAGAAGCCCAUCUCAUUUCCACGCGCACAACAGUAAUUGGUCUCGUCCUGUCGCUCGGUCUUUGCAUCGCCGCCGUUCACAUCUCUUUUCCCUCUUUAAUCCCAAUCUAUCUCACCAUCCUCGCGCUCUUACUCUCCCUCUUUCUCUCUAUCAUGGGCGUCCGAGCACUAGGCGAGACCGACCUCAACCCCGUCUCCGGCAUCUCGAAGCUGACCCAGCUCGUUUUCGCUUUCAUCACACCCAAAACUGGUCCCGCGGCCAAGAACGCCAUCAUCAUCAAUCUCGUCGCUGGCGCUAUCUCUGAGUCUGCAGCACUCCAGGCUGGCGAUCUGAUGCAGGACCUGAAGACCGGACAUCUGCUUGGCGCGGCACCGAACGCACAGUUCUGGGGCCAGAUUAUUGGGUCUGCUGUUGGCGCUGUCCUCUCGGCCGUAGUGUACAAGCUCUAUACGCAUGUGUACACCAUCCCGGGAGGCUUAUUCCAGGUGCCCACGGGAUACGUGUGGGUGUUUACUGCGAGACUAGUCAACGGAAAAGGCCUUCCGCCCAAAGUUGCUGAGUGGGCUACGGGAGCUGUUGUCAUCUUUGCCAUUUCGACGAUGAUGAGAGUGUGGGGUGUUGCGAGGAAGAAGGCUGGACAGGCGGGGUGGUGGGUUGACUGGAUCCCUGGCGGUAUUGCUGUCGCUGUUGGCAUGUACAACGUCCCCUCCUUCACUCUAGCACGCACAAUCGGCGGCCUGAUCAGCUUGUGGUGGAGACGGUACAAGGGACGAUCGGAGACACCUAUCGUCGUCCUUGCGAGCGGGCUUAUCCUAGGAGAAGGGCUCUUUAGCAUCGUUAAUCUGCUUUUAGCUAGUUUGCAUGUGCCUACCUUGUAGAAAGUCUAAACGCAAUGCGCCGCAAAUAUUGCUUAAUAUCGCUUC